CGCGGUCACACUGGCAGGCACAAAUGUGAAGAUUGUUAGAUUUUACCACUUAAUGGAAUCAACACGAUAACAACAAAGUAAUAUAAGGAUAAUACUACUUAGAAACAGCAAUGGCGCCGACGAUCAACAAUUCGGCGGUCAACAGCGCCGCCGAAAAGCGACCCCAGCGGCAAACGGAGCGCAAGUCGGAGAUCAUUUGCCGCGUUAAAUAUGGGAACAACCUGCCAGACAUACCCUUUGACCUCAAGUUCCUGCAGUAUCCCUUCGACAGCCACCGCUUCGUGCAGUACAAUCCCACGUCGCUGGAGCGGAACUUCAAGUACGACGUGCUGACGGAGCACGAUUUGGGGGUGACGGUGGAUCUGAUCAACCGGGAGCUCUAUCAGGCAGACUCCAUGACGCUGCUCGACCCCGCCGAUGAAAAACUACUGGAGGAGGAGACCCUGACGCCCACAGAUUCUGUGCGUUCUCGCCAGCACUCGAGGACAGUGUCCUGGUUGCGCAAAUCCGAGUACAUCUCCACGGAGCAGACGCGCUUCCAGCCGCAGAACCUGGAGAACAUCGAGGCCAAGGUGGGCUACAACGUCAAAAAAUCGCUCAGGGAGGAGACGCUUUACCUGGACCGCGAUGCCCAGAUCAAGGCCAUCGAGAAAACAUUCAGCGACACCAAGAGCGAGAUCACCAAGCACUACUCCAAGCCCAAUGUGGUGCCCGUGGAGGUGCUGCCCAUCUUCCCCGACUUUACCAACUGGAAGUACCCCUGCGCCCAGGUCAUCUUCGACAGCGAUCCGGCCCCCGUGGGCAAGAACGUGCCCGCCCAGUUGGAGGAAAUGUCGCAGGCCAUGAUCCGCGGUGUGAUGGACGAGAGCGGCGAGCAGUUUGUCGCCUACUUCCUGCCUACGGAGCAGACGCUGGAGAAGCGUCGUACCGACUUCGUCGCGGGUGAGCUUUACAAGGAGGAGGAGGAGUACGAGUACAAGAUCGCUCGCGAGUACAACUGGAACGUGAAGACCAAGGCCUCCAAGGGCUACGAAGAGAACUACUUCUUCGUGAUGCGACCGGACGGCAUCUACUACAAUGAGCUGGAGACGCGUGUGCGCCUCAACAAGCGUCGCGUCAAGGUCGGCCAGCAACCAAACAAUACCAAGCUGGUCGUCAAGCAUCGUCCGUUGGACGGCAUGGAGCAUCGCAUGCAGCGCUAUCGCGAGCGCCAGCUGGAGGUUCCUGGCGAGGAAGAGGAGGAGGAGGUCGAGGAAGAAUUGGAAGAGGACGAGGAGCAAACCCAGGUCAUUGCAGAGACGGAGAAGACUGGAGAAGAUGCUUCGGGUGGUGCCCAGACAGCAGAUAAUGGCGAUUCGCCCGCCCAAGUAGCCCGCGAUCGACAGUCCCGCUCCCGGACUCGCAGUCGCAGCGGUUCCAGUUCCGGGUCGGCCUCUGGCUCCGGAUCGCGAGCCAGCAGCCGCUCGAAGUCUGGCUCCCGAUCAGGCAGUGGCUCCCGCUCACGCUCUAAUUCCCCGGCAGGAUCCCAGAAGUCGGGAUCAAGGUCAAGAUCGGGUACACGUUCCCGAUCCCGUUCGAAGUCUGGCUCGCGCUCUCGUUCCCGCUCCAAGUCCGGUUCUCGGUCCCGUUCGGGAUCCAGAUCUGGCUCGGGAUCUCGAUCGCCCACCCGAUCCCGCAGUGGAUCGCCAACUGGCUCCGGAUCUAGUUCUGGCAGCGGCUCAGAUGAAUGAAUAAUUUCAAAAAUUGCGAUUUAUAAUAAAUAAUGUUGUAAUCAAACAAAGA